CUAUUUGAACUGCUACAACCGGUAUUUGAAAUCCCCGGGAAAACCAAAGCUAGAGAAAAUAAGAAUGAUGGACCUGUCUUUCCCACAGGAUUUUCAGAGUGACAUAUUCUGGUUCGAGGCUUUUGAGGCUCCGCCGGUGAGCCGAAGCGCUUUUGUGGCGUACACAGAGGGCCCCAGAAUUGGAUUUGGGGCAGCGAAUUCAGGUAGUGGGCCGAAUCCCGGGAACGUGAACAAGAGAAUGAUGAAAUUCUUGCUGAGGAGUUGGCAUCCGAGAAUUGAAAUCCAGGAGCAAGAGAAAGAACGAGGUUUUCGGCACAUGAUGAACGAGCGGGUGAGGAGGGAGAGGCAGAAGCAAAGUUACAUGGCCCUGCAUUCCACGUUGCCUUUUGGAACCAAGAGUGAUAAGAAAUCCAUUAUUCAAAUGGCGUCCAAGGAAAUUCAAGAGCUGAACGGGUUUGUGAAGGAGCUGAAAAGGAGAAACUUGGAGGUUGAAGCAAGUUUGGCGGCGGUGAAAGGGGACAGACCAGGGGGAGCCAAGAUUAGGCUAAGUGUGCCCAAUCCGGCAUCUGGGCUUGAUUCUAUGGUAGAAGUUCUUAAAUGCUUAAAAACAUUGGGACUGAAAACCAGAACCAUCAGGUCGAAUUUCUCUGCUCAGGAGUUCUCAACUGAACUGGAGAUUGAAACCGAGAUGGGAGAAGCUGCCGAAGCGGAAAAGGCUAUAAAGAGAACACUACAUCAACAUGAAGUGGAGAGGAAACUACUACUCCAUUUCGAGGAAGGUCUGAGAAGGUAAAGAAAAUAAAGGCCGUCAAAGAAUUCCACACCUUCCCCUCACAAAAGGCCCACACAAAUAAAAAAAAGGAACACUUUCUAACCGUCGGAUGUAGGUCUUGUUAUAAUAUAUCAUAUGAUAUUAGUAAAAAAAGUAAGAGGAGGAGCGUGACAGUUUGACUGGUUAUUAUUAUGGGCUUGAAAAUGUAUUUGUUGAUUUUUUUUGAGAUUUUGAAUGGACCAAGAAUUUAGAAGACUGUUUAGCGCUUAAGCAUACCGAUUAGCUAGACUAUCGAAUUGAGCACGAGGAUAUAUUACUACCAGAAGGAAUGCUUACAUAUGAUAUGAUAUUGGGUAGGGUAGGCUAAUACUGUGGUUUAUUAUUAUAAAACCCGCUGAGAAAAGUAACAAACGGUACAAGGUUGAAUGAACCGAACUUGGGAAAAUGAAAAAUCAAAAUAUAUGCGUUGAACAAGGUAACAAAAUUAAAAACGUGGCCAAAGACGACUCUCUUUAUUAUUUUUUAUUUUUGUUUCGGGACCUGGCUGGCUGUCUGACAGAUUAGAGACAGGCUCAUCGUUGGGGAAUGUUUGCCCGCUGCUUAGUUGAUGGUACGAUAAGAUUUAUAGAUCUUCUGUGCAAACCAUGACUUCCCUUUUUGUCAAAUAAAAUACGAUAUUUUGGGUC